UAUUGAGGUCCACACUAAUGUCUUUUGUUCUGUUUCUUUAUUACAGCACCGAGGACACUUAUUUUACUGCAAAAUGCUUUCUCUUUUUAAAAAUUCCUGCUUUAAUUAGGUUUACAGACAUUCACACAUUUGGGUAGAAGAAAAACCAAAAGGAGUUUACACUUAACGUCACUGAGGUGGAGAGAGAAUUUGUUUCAUAUUCACAGUUAAAUAAUCUCACAGUUUCUCUCUCACUUUCUCUGUCUCUGUUUUUGUUGUGUUCUCUUUACCUCUUCAGACCAAAAGGGACAUUGUCUGUGCUGUGCCCUCUGUUUUCAAAGGAAACCCUUGUUCUUGUUCCUGUCCUUGCCUUUUUUUUUUCUACCACCAUCUUCCAACUCCCAACUUCCAACACAUAAUUCAUUUUUUCCAGUAUUCUUAGUCUCUGCUCUUCCCUUGUGCAAUCUGCAAAACCAAGCCCAAGCUCAAAUAUUAUUUUUUAUACAUAUAAAUAGGCACCAAACAUACAUUUAUGAUACACCAAAUUGAAGCUUGUCCACUCAAUACAAGAUUUCCACAAGCCCCUUUCCAUUCACAAACCUAAGAGCAAGAAGCACCUGUCACUGACCAACUAGCCAACCAACCAUGAUGCCUGUUCAUGGCCUCAUCAUCUCCCUCAUUUUUGUGUCCAUUUUAGCCAAUGAGGCAAGCUUGGUCCAAGAGGCAAAUGGGUCAUUCCCAAUGGUGCCCUUGGUGGAGGCUGGGAAGAUGGAGAUGAUGAUGAUGAUGAAUGAGAGCAGAAGGAAACUAGGAAGCUUCCAGAUAUGUGCCUUGUGCACCUGCUGUGGAGCAAAAGGGGUUUGCUUGCCCUCUCCUUGUUGCUAUGCCAUCAAUUGCAACAUUCCUCAUAGACCUUUUGGCUUCUGUUCAUUCACACCCAAGACCUGUAAUUGCUUUGGAUGCCAUCUUUAGUCCUUCUAUCAUAGUCUUAUGAUAAUAAUUUGAAAAGAAAAAAAAAAUUGAGGGUUAUGUUUAGUUAAUUCUGCUGCAAGUGUGAAUGGGAGGAAAGUGAAGUGAAGUGAAGAAGAAUAUCUGUUCUUGGUUAGUUUGUUUAUUAUUACCCUUAGUUAUGAUUAUGAUUUUGGGAUUGUUAUUUCCAGGAAUUCUUUUUUCUUUCUGCUGUGCUCACUGGGAUUUGUUAGAGGUGCCUGGAGAUAUAGCACAUUGUCUGAUUUGUCAGAAUAGCAACAAUAUAUGAUAUAAAUUAUAUGUAGUAGUACAUGGGGAAUCAAGAAAACCUUGUCCCUUUAUGUGGAGAUACUGGGGUUCAUGAUAAUUUUUCACUUUUUUGAAUGAUUAUAGUAAUGCAAGUGCUCAGUGAGCCUGUCGUUUGGCCAGGACCAUGAUUCAACUUU